CACUCAGCCCUUGAGCCAUGGGCCAACGACGCGCCCGCUCUCUCUCUCUCUCUCAACUGCAUAAGCAUCGACCGCAUGCGCAAGUACUCGCUCACAGACACAACACUCCCGACCUCGAUCCCCAAGCCCAGCAUGUUCGGCACGACAUCCCGCGACGAGAUCUACGGCCGCCGGCCGUCGCAGACCGCCAAGUCUCCGCCUGCGCCGCUCCUCGCCUUCCGCGACUUCUCGAAGGAGGCCGAGGAGCGCGCGAAAGCAGGCCUCUCGCCCACCGCCCCGUCCCCGAUCGCGACUAUGGCCGCCGCGCCGGCUGGCGGCGCCAUCUCGCCCACGGCAGACAAGACGGACCGGCGCGCACACGUCGUCGGAUCCCGCUCGGAGCUGUACGGCCGCAGGCCGAGCCAGGUCGGCCGCGACGGGCGCGUGCCGCCCGCCGGCAAGCCCGAGUGGGUCAAGGGUGGAGCGGACGACAGCGCCGUGUUCGAGGACGACGAGGAUGACAAGGCCGAGGCGAAGAAGGCAUAGGUACGCCAGAGUAUCAAUCCAUGAAUCACCACCAACCCCAAGACCAUUACCAAGAACCUGUAGUGUUGUACUGCCCAUGUACAUGCUGUAGAGGC